AGCAAAUUCCGGAUGUAAAACCUAAGCAACCAUAUUGUCGUCUACUCUUAAGCAAGAUGGGAAUCUUAACAUGUCCGUUUCCCGUCACCGCAUCUUCCCACUCCGAUACCCCACUUCCCUCAAAAUCCUCUACCUUCUUCUCCUCCUCCCUCUUCUCUCAAACAACUCUACCGUCUGUCCAUUCCCUUACUCCACCAUCUUCUCGACAACAUGAUCACCAAACCUCCGUUCUCCACCACCAAUGCCUGGCCACCCUCAGAGGCCACUCUUCUUACGUGUUCUCCCUUGCUCUGGCCGGGAACCUCCUCUACAGUGGCUCUUCAAACAGAGAGAUCCGAGCAUGGAGCCGAGACCCUUCUGCGCAUCCACACUCAACUAACAACAUUGAUGUAGCUAUCAGUAAUAUUGGAGCUGUGAAGUCCCUAGUUAUUAUGGGAGAUAAGCUAUUCAGCGCUCACCAGGAUUGCAAGAUCCGUGUAUGGAAAAUUGAUAACGACAACAACGUCCACCAAAAGUAUAAUUGCAUAGCCACCCUUCCCACAAUGAACGAUCGUUUCUUGAGGUUCUUUUCAGGAAAGAACUAUGUACAAGUAAGGAGACACAAGAAAUGCACAUGGGUUCACCAUGUCGACAACAUAUCAGCUCUAGCAAUUUCAAGGGAUGGCUCCCUUCUUUUUUCUUCUUCAUGGGACCGGACCUUCAAGGUUUGGCGAACCUCAGAUUUCAGAUGUUUAGAGUCAGUAUCGAAUGCGCAUGAUGAUGCCAUAAAUGCAAUAAUAUCGUCAAAUGAUGGGUUUGUUUAUACGGGUUCAGCUGACAAGAAAAUUAAGGUCUGGAAGAAACAGGCAAGAGAGAAGAAGCAUUCGCUGGUGACAACAAUGGAGAGACACAAAUCAGCAGUUAAUGCUUUAGCUAUUAGCACAGAUGGGUGUGUACUGUACUCUGGUGCUUGCGAUCGAUCCGUUCUUGUUUGGGAAAGGGACACUAGUAAUAUCAGUGGGGGUACUGGAGGACAUACGGUGGUGGCGGAUGUGCUGAGAGGGCACACCGAGGCGAUUUUGUGCUUGGCAGUUGUGUUAGAUUUAGUAUGCAGUGGAUCAGCAGAUAGUACAGUUAGGGUUUGGAGAAGAGAAGAAAAGAAUAAUUAUUCUUGUUUGUCAGUUUUAGAAGGACAUAGAAGGCCAGUUAAGUGCUUGACUGCAGCCAUUGAUAAUGGUGACAAUAAUGGUGGAGGUGCUUCUGAUUCAAUCGUUGGUACCUCUUAUCUGAUUUACAGUGGUAGUUUGGAUUGUGAUAUUAGAAUUUGGCAUAUAUAUUAGGGUUCCAUAACUUGGAUUUUCACAAAAAAUUCUCUUUCUUUUUACAGUCCUGUACUAUGCUUUUUAGACAAUUUCUUAGCAAGUACAAUGAGGGUUGAAACUGUAUAAAGAUUUUCCAAUUUCUUUAGGCUUACAUGACAGGAGAAAUCA